ACAACUCGACUCGGUUAAUCACACUUUCCAAUUCCAAGUAUAUCUAGGAGUCACAAAUUCAAUAGGAUACCAAAUAUAUCCCCCCACUUUUUCCAUAAAAUUGUUUACUCUUUCUCUUCAUCGUUAUCAUAAUACCGUAGUAGUAGGAGAAGCACAAGGAAGAAGGAAAACAAUAAGUUCGUCCAGUAGACAUCACCAAUCAGAGGUUCUGAUUGAUUCCAUUAUAUAUAACUUCCAGUAGAGAGGAGUUGUUGGGGUGUAUAUAUCUUCACACUUUACAUACAAUACAAUGGAGGGUGGCAUUCACAAAGCCAACAAAGCAGAAUUCAUAGAAUGCUGGAAUACUUCCUGGAAACGGCCUUACAUCUUGCGUCUUGCCCUCUCAGCUGGGAUCGGAGGACUCCUUUUUGGUUACGACACAGGAGUUAUCUCUGGUGCUCUUCUUUACAUACGAGAUAACUUUGAGUCUGUUGAUGGGAGCACAGUGUUACAGGAGACCAUUGUCAGCAUGGCUGUAGCAGGAGCUAUAGUUGGUGCUGCAUUUGGUGGAUGGAUCAACGAUAGAUAUGGACGAAAGAAAUCCAUUUUGUUGGCUGAUGUCCUGUUCUUUUUCGGUGCAGUAAUCAUGGCUGCCUCAUUUUGGCCAUGGAUGAUAAUUAUUGGAAGAAUUUUAGUGGGUUUAGGAGUUGGAAUGGCUUCUAUGACUGCACCUCUUUAUAUUUCAGAAGCUUCUCCAGCUAGAAUUAGAGGAGCCCUUGUUAGUAUUAAUGGUUUGCUAAUUACAGGAGGGCAGUUAGUGUCAUACUUGAUCAAUCUUGCAUUCACCAAGGUACCUGGAACUUGGCGUUGGAUGUUAGGAGUGGCUGGAAUUCCAGCAAUCAUUCAGGGUCUACUGAUGCUGUCACUUCCUGAAUCCCCUAGAUGGCUCUACAGAGAGAACAAGAGAAAGGAAGCUGUGAACAUUUUGAAUAAAAUAUAUGAACCUCAUGAGGUUGAGCAAGAGGAAGAGGCCCUACGAUUGUCUGUUGAAGCUGAAAUAGCGGAAGGUUGUAUUGGUGGAGAUAACAUCCUCACCAAAGUAAGGAAAGCAUGGAGUAACAAGAUUGUACGCAGAGGGCUAGCUGCUGGUAUUCUGUGUCAAGUGGCUCAGCAGUUUGUGGGUAUCAAUACAGUUAUGUAUUACAGUCCAACCAUUGUUCAGUUGGCUGGUUUCGCUUCCAACUCUUUGGCCUUGGCGCUCUCUCUCUUUACAUCUGGUCUCAAUUUUAUUGGAACCAUCAUUAGCAUGUUAUGCCUUGAUAGGUUUGGGAGGAGGAGGCUUCUUCUUGUUAGUAUGGUUGGCAUCAUAUGUUGUCUUCUACUGUUGUUUGUGGUGUUCAAUGAAGCUUCUGUUCAUUCACCCACCAUAAGUAGAUCAGACUCAAUGCACUUUGGUGGGAACAUGACUUGUCCCAGUUACAUGACAGCCCCAGAUUCUUCAUCUUGGACUUGUAUGACAUGCUUGAAAGCAUCUCCUCAGUGUGGGUUUUGUGCGAACAAGAAUCAUCCUGGUGCAUGUUUGGUCUCCAUCCCCAGUUCAAGAAGUGGAUGCCAAGGAGAACAUCGGCAAUGGUUCACUAGAGGAUGUCCAUCUGGAUUUGGGGUUUUGGCAUUGCUGGGCUUAGGGUUAUACAUUAUCUCUUAUGCGCCAGGAAUGGGAACAGCCCCUUGGAUUGUGAACUCGGAGAUAUACCCUUUGAAAUACAGAGGACUUUGUGGAGGGAUGGCUGCAGUGGCUAACUGGGUUUCAAAUCUCAUCGUGAGCAUGUCUUUCUUAUCUUUAACACAGAAGCUAGGCUCAGCCUAUACAUUUUUACUGUUUGCUGGAGUCUCCGGUGCUGCCUUGGUUCUUAUCUACUUGUUAGUACCUGAAACCAAAGGAUUGCCAUUUGAGGAGGUGGAGAAGAUGCUCCAGAGAGGAUUCAAACCUUGGCCCUUCAAGAAAAGUUCAGUUGAGGCUCAAGACAAUAAAUGAUAAUUCAUAUUUCAUAGUAUGCUGUUUAUUAAUGUAUUUAUAAUCUUUAUUUUGGGAGCUUAUUUUGGUUUUGGGAUUUUUCCCUUUUCCUUACUAGUAGUUAGUGUGGAGUCAAUUUUAUGAUUGUUUUUCCAAAUAACGGUUAAGUUUGACUUUUGUUUCUUUCGAAAAGAAGGAAAAAAAUUCC